AUGCAUCUACUCUGGAGGCUUCUGGUUCUCAUCCAUGUGCUGUUCUUGCUCUCAGCACUGUACAGGCAGCCCUUGGCUGGUCUGACAGACAUCCAGAUAGACAGCAGUUCCGCCCUGGUGAGAAUUCUUGUCCAGGGUCUCAUAACGCACAAUGCAGAGCGCCGGAUCCAGAACCUCCGCCUCCUGGACAGUGUGAAUGCCUCUGGGCAGAUGGCUCCUGGGAUGGUGAGCUGGCUGAUUGGCAGCAUAGGCCUCCAGAAGCAGCAAGAAAGCAGCAUCAACAUCACCAACAUUCAUCUGAACUAUGAAGAGAUCUGGAUGGCUUUCCAUGAAGACUGGUUCUCAGCAAAUAUUUCCCAUGAAUUUGACAUUGACUUGAAACCGUCUUUCAAAAGCAGGACCAUAACGAUGCACACAAGCCUAAACCUCAUUGUGGAGUUUUGGCUGGAGAAAGAUGAGUUCGGCCGCAGGGAACUGGUGAUAGGCAAUUGCCACGUGGAGCCCAGAAGUGUCAACAUUACAUUCUACAACGAUAAUUGCACACCAAAGAUGCUUCUUUUCCUCCGCAAUCUCAGAAAUAAUCUGGAAAAUGUAAUCCCACACCUGGUAGGAAGUCAGAUGUGCCCUCUGGUUGAAGAUAUCCUCAGGCAGCUGGACGUGAAGCUCUUGAAAAGCCUCAUGGAACAGGCCCUGGCUCAAGAACUCAGCAAACUGUGA